CUGCUGCAAUGCUGCCUCUGCCCUCGGAGCAGGCCCUGGAGGAGCUGCUGGUUCGCAAGGAGGAGGAGUGGAGAGCACUGCAGGCCCAGCGCUCCCAACUGCAGGAGGCAGCUGUGCAGGAGGUGCAGAGCCGGCUGGAGGAGGCACAAGGGAAGCUGCAGCGCCUGCAGGAGGACUUUGUCUACAACUUGCAGGUGCUGGAGGAGCGGGACCGCGAGCUGGAGCGCUAUGACGCUGCGUUCGCCCAGGCCCGAGGGCUGGAGGAGGCCAGGCAGGCCGAGGUGAGCGAGCUGAAGAUCGAGGUGGCCAAGUUGAGGCAGGCGCUUGCGACUGAGGCCAGGAGGCUGGAGGACGCGCAGCAGCAGUACCAGCUGAGGUUGCAGGAACAUCGCCUGGAGCUGGAGCGGGUCCACAGUGACAAGAACAGUGAGAUCGACCAUCAGCGGGAACAGUAUGAAAACCUGAAAUGGAAGCUGGAGAGAAGGCUCGAGGAGCUUGAUGGUGAACUUGCUCUGCAGAGGCAGGAGCUGCUGCUGGAGUUUGAAUGCGAAACGCAAAAGAGGGAGCAUGAAUUCCGCCUGCGCGCCGAUGGCAUGAGCAACUUGGUCUUAAUGCACGAGCUCAAGGUUAAACUAUUGAACAAAGAGCUUGUGGCUCUGAAAGAAGCUGGAGCAAAGGCUGCAGAGUCUCUACAGAGUGCUGAGAUGGCCAGCUCGGAGCUGGAGCGAAGGCUGCAGUGCAGAGACCAAGAGCUCAGGGAGCUUGCCGCAGUGAGGGAUGCCCGGAUUGAAGACUUAGAGGGUAAACUUUGCUCUGUGCAGCUGACCAGGAAAAAAGAGGAGGAGAUGUUUAGGAGGAAGCACGAGGAGCUCGACCGUCUGGCCAGGGAAAGGGAUGAGGUGCUGGCAGCGGUAAAGGACGCCCACGUGGAGCAGCUGCGGGUGCUGGAGUCCAGGGCUCUGGAGCUGCAGGCCCACUGCGAGACCCUCGAACUGCAGCUCCACAGGGCCGAACAGAGGCAGGCGGACGCCUUGAAGGAGAAGGAUGCCAUCAUUGACAGACUCCGGGAAGACACGGCAGCUCUGAAAUCUGGCUGGGAUGCCCAGAUCGCUCAACUCUCCAAGGAGAUGAUCGCCAAAGACCUUCAGGCUCAGUCGCUGCAGGGAGAAGAGGGGACACUCCAGGCACAGCUAGCCAGAUGCCAGCAGGACAUCGGAAGGUAUAAACAGCAGCUGUGUCUGGCAGCAGAAAGGGAGCAGAGCCUGGAGCGUGAGAAGGUACAGCUGGAGCUGGACUGGCAACGUCGUUGUGAGGGCCUUGAGAGGGACCAGUUUCAGAGGUCUGAGGAUCUGAUUCGGGCUCUGACCAUGGCUAAAGAGCAGGUUGCUGCCAAGCUCCAGGAGACAGAGCGAACACUGUGCGACCAGGAGGUGGUGCUGAAGGCCCUGACCCUAGAACGAGACCAGGCGGUGCAGGCACUGAGGACACGCGGGCCCCUCCCUGGGAAGGAGGUGCAGAUGCUUCCAAGCCAUCAUGAAGGAGAAAUAAGUAAAAGUUUUCCAUCUAGUGAGAUCCAGCGGCUACAAGAGCAGAACACAAGCUUGCGAAACACUAUUGCACAAAUGAGGAAAGAAAUGGAAACUCUAAGUGAUCAAAUUCUUCCCUCUGCGCAGUCAGGAAGAGAGACCUCAAAUACAAGCCUGCCUGAUUCAAAGACAGCAGCUGAUGCCCCCACCCCUGAUUAUGUUCUGGCCCUGGAAGCAGAAAUACGAACUCUGAAGCACAAAUUUAAAACCCUGGAAGAACAACUAGAAGUGUUAUAUCCUUCAAAGAAGUCCACAUCUUAUCCUGAUGUUCAACCUAGUGUCCAUAGCUCAACAGAAACCGCUGGAGGAACCAUGCUAGCUGACGGUGCAUCCUUGGGAUUGUUGCUCCAGAGGCUUGGAGACAGGGCACAUCUCUUGAACUUCCUGGUGACCCGGAUCAGACAGAAGGUGCUGCAGAAAGCCCUGGACGUGGACACUGUCCAGCGAGAGCUUCCCCACGAGGUGGACCAAGUGCACCUGGAGGUUUUGGAGCUUCGGAAGCAGGUGGCUGAGCUUGAGGAGCGUCUCGGGACAGCCUGGAAGGAAGGCAGGGUAGUUUCAAGCAGGCAGCAGCUGCGAGCUCCUGACUCCACGGCCCUUAGGAGAGAGGACCCUGCAGAUGGAGCAUCCUUGGGGACAGUGGAGCAGGGGACGUUCUCUGUGCACCUGGGCCCGGAGGCACAGCCCACACAGGCCUUGUCUGUGCCCCGACUCCAGAGGAAACUAAAGGAGGCUGCCCGAAAAAUCCUGCACCUCCGCCUGGAGAAGGAGCAGCUCCUGGAGAUGGGGAACAGGCUCCGCGCAGAGCUGGGCCGCCCCACAGCUACACUUCCAGAUGCCAGCAGUGUGCCAAUCAGCGGGACUGGGCGUCGUCGGGGAACUGGCUCCGUCCCUCUGGACCCCCUCAUCGGAGGCCGUUCCCCCUUUCUCUUGUCAACGAAAAUAAUCCAUAACCAAUCUAUAAAUGAAAAUUUGGGGAAACUGUCUGGUCGCUCCCCUCCCACCCCUGGAGCCCAGAAGCCGGGUGAGGCGCCUGAGGCACCUUUGGGCCAGUUGCAGCCCCACUUCCCAACUCAGGAUUCUCAGGAUGUCAAGAAAGAACGUUUCUCCGAAUGCUCGGGAAAGAUCCAACCCUGCUCGGCACAGAUAGUCCGCAGAAACGAGACUCCGUGUGGCUCUGAGGCAGGAGUGGCCAUGGGGCCAGGACAGAAGCAACACAAAAGCUCCACGAUGCCUUGCAAAUCAACUCGUCAGAAAGAUGGCCGGUCCUCAAAGUCACUCCCAGCUCAAGAAUUCCAGGAGGAAAAUGGCCACCACACCCAGAGAUCCUCAUCACUUGCCAGCAGUUCCCUGCAGGACGCUUGGAAGUUCCUCGACCUGGGAUCCAGCCCUUCUGGCCUCACCUCCCAGGAGGACUGCACUCAAGAGAGAGCAGCCAUGGAGGAGGUGGUGAUUGCCGGCAUGUCUGGGAGGCUGCCCGAGUCAGAGAACAUGCAGGAGUUCUGGGCUAAUCUCAUCGGUGGCGUGGACAUGGUGACGGAUGAUGACAGGCGGUGGAAGGCCGGACUCUACGGCCUGCCCAGGCGGUCUGGCAAGCUGAAGGACCUGUCCAAGUUUGACGCCUCCUUUUUUGGGGUCCACCCCAAGCAGGCACACACUAUGGAUCCCCAGCUACGCUUGCUGCUGGAGGUCACCUACGAGGCCAUCGUGGAUGGAGGCAUCAACCCGGCCUUGCUGCGAGGGACACACACUGGCGUCUGGGUGGGUGUGAGCGGCUCAGAGGCGUCAGAGGCUCUGAGCCGAGACCCCGAGACGCUGCUGGGCUACAGCAUGGUGGGCUGCCAGCGUGCCAUGAUGGCCAACCGCCUCUCCUUCUUCUUCGACCUUAAAGGGCCCAGCAUCACUCUGGACACAGCCUGUUCCUCCAGCCUGCUGGCCCUGCACAAUGCCUACCAGGCCAUCCGCAGUGGGGAAUGCCCCGCGGCCAUCGUGGGUGGCAUCAACGUCCUGCUGAAGCCCAACACCUCCGUGCAAUUCAUGAAGCUGGGCAUGCUCAGCCCCGAGGGCGCCUGCAAGUCCUUUGACGAGGCUGGAAAUGGCUACUGCCGCUCAGAGGCUGUGGUGGCUGUCCUGCUGACCAAGAAGUCCCUUGCUAGGCGAGUAUACGCCACCAUCCUGAAUUCAGGCACCAACACGGACGGCAGCAAGGAGCAAGGUGUGACCUUCCCCUCCGGAGACGCGCAAGAGCAGCUCAUGAGCUCCCUGUAUAAGCCGGCUGGGGUGGCCCCCGAGUCCCUCGAGUACCUCGAAGCUCACGGCACAGGCACUAGGGUGGGUGACCCCCAGGAGCUGAAGGGUGUCGUCCGAGCCCUGUGCGCCACCCGCCAGGAUCCCCUGCUGAUCGGGUCCACCAAGUCGAACAUGGGACACCCAGAGCCCGCCUCGGGGCUUGCAGCGCUGGCCAAGGUGCUGCUGUCCCUGGAGCACGGGCUCUGGGCCCCCAACCUGCACUUCCACAGCCCAAACCCUGAGAUCCCAGCACUGCGGGACGGUCGGCUGCAGGUAGUAGACCGGCCCCUGCCCAUCCGAGGGGGCAACGUGGGCAUCAACUCCUUCGGCUUUGGCGGCUCCAACGUGCACGUCAUCCUCCAGCCCAACUCACGGCUGCCCCUGGUGCCCACCCCGCAUGUGGCUCUGCCCUGUCUGCUGCGGGCCAGCGGGCGCACCUCCGAGGCCGUGCUUGGCCUGCUGGAGCAGGGCCGCCAGCACAGCCAGGACCUGGCCUUCGUGAGCAUGCUCAAUGACAUCGCCGCCACCCCCCCCUCCGCCAUGCCCUUCCGGGGCUAUGCCGUGCUGGGUGGCGAGGGUGAUGCCCAGGAGGUGCAGCAGGUGUCCACUGGUCAGCGCCCACUCUGGUUCAUCUGCUCCGGGAUGGGCGCGCAGUGGCGUGGAAUGGGGCUGAGUCUCAUGCGCCUGGGCACCUUCCGCGACUCCAUCCUGCGCUCCGACAAGGCUGUGAAGCCCCUGGGACUGCAGGUGUCAGACCUACUGCUGAGCGCAGAUGAGGCCACCUUCGACGACACUGUUCCUGGCUUCGUGAGCCUUACUGCCAUCCAGAUCGCCCUUAUAGACCUGCUGACUUCCAUGGGCCUGAGACCUGACGGCAUCAUCGGGCACUCCCUGGGCGAGGUGGCCUGCGGCUACGCCGAUGGCUGCGUCUCUCAGGAGGAGGCCAUCCUCGCUGCCUACUGGAGGGGCCAGUGCAUCAAGGAGGCCAACAUCCCGCCAGGGGCCAUGGCGGCCGUGGGCUUGUCCUGGGAGGAGUGUAAGCAGCGCUGCCCGCCCGGCGUCGUGCCCGCUUGCCACAACUCCAAGGACACGGUGACCAUCUCGGGACCACAGGCUGCCGUGUCUGAGUUCGUGGAGCAGCUGAAGCAGGAGGGCGUGUUUGCCAAGGAGGUGCGGACUGGCGGCCUGGCCUUCCACUCUUACUUCAUGGACUCCAUCAGCCACACCCUGCUGCAGGCACUCAAGAAGGUGAUCCGGGAGCCGCGGCCCCGCUCGGUGCGCUGGCUCAGCACCUCCAUCCCCGAGGCCCAGUGGCAGAGCAGCCUGGCCCGCACCUUCUCCGCUGAGUACAAUGUCAACAACCUGGUCAGCCCAGUGCUGUUCCAGGAAGCGCUGUGUCAUGUGCCUGAGCACGCUGUGGUGCUGGAGAUCGCUCCCCACGCCCUGCUGCAGGCCGUGCUAAAGAGAGGCCUCAAGCCCAGCUGCACCAUUGUCCCCCUGAUGAAGAAGGACCACAGGGACAACCUGGAGUUCUUCCUCAGCAACGUGGGCAGACUCCACCUGAUGGGCAUCGACGUCAACCCCAACGGCCUGUUCCCACCCGUGGAGUUCCCGGCUCCCCGGGGGACCCCACUCAUCUCCCCACACAUCAAAUGGGACCACAGCCAGACCUGGUAUGUGCCCUCUGCCAAGGACUUCCCUAGUGGGUCCAGCUGCUCCUCCUCCACCGUCUACAACAUUGACGCCAGCCCCGAGUCCCCCGACCACUACCUGGUGGACCACUGCAUUGACGGCCGCACUCUCUUCCCUGCCACUGGCUACCUGUGUCUGGUCUGGAGGACACUGGCUCAUGCCCUGGGCGAGAACCUGGAGCAGAUGCCAGUGGUGUUUGAGGAUGUGACGCUGUACCAGGCCACCAUCCUGCCCAAGACAGGGACCAUGCCCCUGGAGGUACGGCUUCUGGAGGCCUCCCACACAUUCGAGGUGUCUGAGAAUGGCACCCUGAUAGUGAGCGGGAAGGUGUACCAGUGGGACAACCCCAACCCCAAGCUCUUCGACAACCGAGAUAGCCUGGACCCUGCAGACCCCACUGACCCCACAGCCACGUUCCACCUGGCCCAGGGGGACGUGUACAAGGAGCUGCGGCUGCGUGGCUAUGACUACGGCCCUCACUUCCAGGGCAUCCUCAAGGCCAACCUCGAAGGCAACACAGGCCAGCUGCUGUGGAAGGACAACUGGGUGACGUUCUUGGACACCAUGCUGCAGAUGUCCAUCCUUGGCUCAGCCCAGCGCAGCCUGCGCCUGCCCACGCGCAUUGCCGCCAUCCACAUCGACCCCGCCACCCACCAGCAGAAGGUGUACACGCUGCAGGGCGAGGCCCAAGUGGCUGACUUGGUGGUGGACAGCUGUCUGAGCAGCACAGUGGCUGGGGGUGCCAUCAUCUCUCGGCUCCAUACCUCACUGGCCCCACGGCGGCAGCAGGAACAGCUCGCACCCACCCUGGAGAAGUUUUGCUUCACGCCGCACGUGGAGGGGGGCUGCCUAGCUGGGAGCGCCACCCUGCAGGAGGAGCUGCAGCUGUGCAAGGGGCUGGCUCAGGCGCUGCAGGUCAAGGUGGCCCAGCAGGGCCUCAAGAUGGUGGUGCCAGGGUUGGACGGGGCACAGGUCCCCCGGGAGUCCCCACAGCAGGGCCUGCCUCGACUGCUGGCAGCUGCCUGCCAGUUACAGCUCAAUGGGAACCUGCAGCUGGAGCUGGGCCAGGUGCUAGCCCAGGAGAGCCCCCUGCUGUGUGACGACCCCCUGCUCAGCGGGCUCCUCGACUCCCCAGCGCUCAAAGCCUGCGUGGACACUGCCUUGGAGAACGUGGCCAGCCUCAGGAUGAAGGUGGUGGAGGUGUUGGCUGGUGAUGGCCACCUGUAUUCCCGCAUCCCGGCGUUGCUUACCACCCAGCCCAUGCUGCAGCUGGACUACACAGCCACUGACCGCCACGCCCAGGCCCUGAAGGCUGCCCAGGCCAAGCUGCAGCAGCACCACGUGGCCCAGGGCCAGUGGGACCCCAUGGACCCUGCCCCUAGCAGCCUGGGUGCCACCGACCUCCUGGUGUGCAACUGCGCUGUGGCCACCCUCGGCGACCCAGCCACGGCCCUCGGGAACAUGGCGGCUGUCCUCAAGGAGGGCGGCUUCCUGCUGCUGCACACCCUUCUCAGAGGAUACCCCCUUGGAGAGAUGGUCGCCUUCCUUACCUGCCCCGAGCCCCAGAGAGGCAGGCAGGGCCUCCUGAGCCAGGACGAGUGGGAGAGCCUGUUUGCUGGGGCAUCCCUGCGCCUAGUGGCCCUGAAGAAGUCCUUCUAUGGCUCUGUCCUCUUCCUGUGCCGCCGGCCAGCCCCACAGGACAGCCCCAUCUUCCUGCCUGUGGAGGACAUGAGCUUCCGAUGGGUGGACUCACUGAAGAACAUUCUGGCCGACUUGUCCUCUCGGCCCGUGUGGCUGACGGCCGUCAGCUGCAGCACCUCAGGCGUCAUAGGCAUGGCCAACUGUCUCCGCAAAGAGCCUGGCGGGCACCGGAUUCGGUGCAUCCUGGUGUCCAACCUCAGCAACACGUCCCCCGUCCCCAAGAUGGACCCGAGCUCCUCAGAGCUGCAGAAGGUGCUACAGGGGGACCUGGUGAUGAAUGUCUACCGAGAUGGGGCCUGGGGGACCUUCCGCCACUUCCCACUGGAGCAAGACCAGCCAGAGGAGCAGACAGAGCAUGCCUUCAUCAAUGUCCUCACCCGCGGGGACCUCUCCUCUAUCCGCUGGGUCUGCUCCCCGCUGCGCCACGCCCAGCACCCGGGUCCCGGCCUCCAGCUCUGCACCGUGUACUAUGCCUCCCUCAACUUCCGAGACAUCAUGCUGGCCACGGGCAAGCUGUCGCCUGAUGCCAUCCCAGGGAAGUGGGCCGCCCGGGACUGCAUGCUGGGCAUGGAGUUCUCUGGCCGAGAUGCCAGUGGGAAGCGUGUGAUGGGGCUGGUGCCCGCUGAAGGCCUGGCCACCUCCGUCCUGCUGUCUCAGGACUUCCUGUGGGACGUGCCUUCCUGCUGGACCCUGGAGGAGGCAGCUUCCGUGCCCGUUGUCUAUACCACUGCCUACUACUCGCUGGUGGUGCGCGGGCGUGUGCGGCGUGGGGAGACGGUGCUCAUCCACUCCGGCUCAGGGGGCGUGGGCCAGGCUGCCAUUGCCAUUGCUCUUAGCCUGGGCUGCCGUGUCUUCACCACCGUGGGGUCAGCUGAGAAGCGGGCGUACCUCCAGGCCAGGUUCCCCCAGCUCAACGACACCAGCUUUGCCAACUCCCGGGACACGUCCUUUGAGCAGCAUGUGCUGCGGCACACAGCUGGGAAGGGUGUUGACCUGGUCCUGAACUCCCUGGCGGAAGAGAAGCUGCAGGCCAGUGUGCGGUGCCUGGCCCAGCAUGGCCGCUUCCUGGAAAUCGGCAAAUUCGAUCUGUCCAACAACCACCCCCUGGGCAUGGCCGUUUUUCUGAAAAAUGUGACCUUCCAUGGGAUCCUGUUGGAUGCGCUCUUCGAUGAAACUAGCUCCGACUGGCAGGAGGUGGUGGCACUGGUGCGGGCGGGCAUCCAGGACGGCGUGGUGCAGCCCCUCAAGUGCACUGUAUUCCCCAAGACCCAAGUGGAGGACGCCUUCCGCUACAUGGCCCAGGGGAAGCACAUUGGCAAAGUGGUCGUCCAGGUGCGUGAGGAGGAGCCGGAGGCGGUGCUGCAGGAGGUGAAGCCCACCCGGAUGGUGGCUCUGUCCAAGACCUUCUUCCCAGCCCACAAGAGCUAUGUCGUCGUGGGGGGCCUGGGCGGGUUUGGCCUUGAGCUGGCCCAGUGGCUGGUGCUGCGAGGGGCCCAGAAGCUGGUGCUGACCUCCCGCUCAGGGAUCCGCACGGGCUACCAGGCCAAGCAGGUCCGUGAGUGGAGGCGCCAGGGUGUGCAGGUCCUAGUAUCCACCUGCAAUGCCAGCUCGCUGGAUGGGGCCCGGGGCCUCAUUGCCGAGGCCGCACAGCUUGGGCCUGUGGGAGGCGUCUUCAACCUGGCCAUGGUCCUGAGAGAUGCCAUGCUGGAGAACCAGACCCCUGAGCUCUUCCAGGACGUCAACAAGCCCAAGUACAACGGCACCCUGAAUCUGGACAGGGUGACCCGAGAGACAUGCCCCGAGCUCGACUACUUUGUCGCCUUCUCCUCGGUGAGCUGCGGGCGCGGCAACGCCGGCCAGACCAACUACGGCUUCGCCAACUCCACCAUGGAGCGCAUAUGCGAGAAGCGCAGGCAUGACGGCCUCCCAGGCCUCGCCGUGCAGUGGGGCGCCAUUGGUGAUGUGGGCAUCAUCCUGGAGGCGAUGGGCGCCAACGACACGGUCAUCGGUGGGACACUGCCACAGCGCAUUGCCUCCUGCCUCGAGGUGCUGGAUCUUUUCUUGAACCAGCCACAUCCCGUCCUGAGCAGCUUUGUGCUAGCCGAGAAGAAGGCUGCAGCCCACAGUGACAGCAGCAGCCAGCAGGACCUGGUGAAGGCCGUGGCUCACAUCCUGGGCAUCCAAGACUUGGCCACCAUCAACUUGGACAGCUCACUGGUGGACCUGGGCCUGGACUCACUCAUGGGCGUAGAGGUGCGCCAGACACUGGAGCGCGAGCAUGACAUGGUGCUGUCCAUGCGGGACAUCCAGCAGCUCACUCUCCGGAAGCUGCAGGAGCUUUCUUCACAGACCUGCAUGGCUGAUGAGCUGGCAGCCCCCACACCCAAGGAAGACGGCCUCACCAGGCAGCAGGCCCAGCUGAACCUGAGCACCCUCCUGGUAAACCCUGAGGCCCCGACCUUGACGCGGCUCAACUCAGUGCAGAGUUCCGAGCGGCCCCUGUUCCUGGUGCACCCCAUUGAGGGCUCCAUCACUGUGUUCCACAGCCUGGCCACCAAGCUCAGCAUCCCCACCUACGGCCUACAGUGCACCAAAGCUGCUCCCCUGGAUAGCAUCCAGAGCCUGGCUGCCUACUACAUUGAGUGCAUCAGGCAGGUGCAGCCCGAGGGGCCCUACCGCAUCGCCGGCUACUCCUACGGGGCCUGCGUGGCCUUUGAGAUGUGCUCACAGCUGCAGGCACAGCAGAGCUCGGCCCCCGCACACAACAGCCUCUUCCUGUUCGACGGCUCGCACGCCUAUGUCCUGGCGUACACGCAGAGCUACCGUGCCAAGCUGACGCCCGGCUGUGAGGCAGAGGCCGAGACUGAGGCCAUGUGCUUCUUCAUACAGCAGUUCACGGAUGCUGAGCACAGCAGGGUGCUGGAGGCGCUGCUGCCCCUCAAGGGCCUGGAGGAGCGCGUGGUGGCUGCCGUGGACCUGAUUGUGCAGAACCACGCGGGCCUGGACCGCCGUGUGCUCAGCUUUGCUGCACGUUCCUUCUACUACAAGCUGCGCGCUGCUGAGCAGUACAUGCCGCGGGCCACCUACCAUGGCAACGUGACGCUGCUGCGCGCCAAGACGGGCAGCGCCUACAGCGAGGACCUGGGCGCUGACUACAACCUGUCCCAGGUGUGCGACGGCAAGGUGUCUGUGCACGUCAUCGAGGGGGACCACCGCACGCUGCUGGAGGGCAGCGGCCUGGAGUCCAUCCUCAGCAUCAUCCACAGCUCCCUGGCUGAGCCGCGCGUCAGUGUGCGGGAGGGAUAGUGUGACCCUGCUGCCAUGCUGCCCCCUCCCAUGCCACCCCCACUGUCCUGCAGGGCUGGCGAAGUCCUGCCGGUGGGACCUCGCCCUGCCCCGCCUCCCUGGUCCAGACCGCUGACUCCACCCCACGCCGUUGCCUGCGGCUGGCCUCUAAUCAACACCGCACCCUCAUGGGGGAUCCUCCCAACUAGGCACCUCAGCCUCCACCUCCCAUGGGACCACCUCUUAUGGGCACCCUCCGUGGAUGUCUGGGCCCACCACCUCCCAUGGGGACCUCAUGCAUGUCCACCUCCCAUGGGCAUCUCACGUGGGCACAGGGCCGGGACCGUGCCCCUGACUUGGAGACCUGCCCUGGUCUGUGAAGAGUCGGCCAAGCCAGGCCCAGCCUUCUGUACCACGUGGGGUCUCCCACGUGGGUCUGUUUGUCAUUUUCCUGAAUGCUCCUAUUUAUUGUGUCACUGAGGAAAUGCCAGGCCUCAUCCACCGGGUGAAGGCUGGCACUGGGGUCCAUUCUCAGCCAGGCUGGCGCUGGAGCCCACAGCCCUGGGGCCCCCAUGAUGCAGGGGCCUGUGGAGCGGAGCAGCCCCAGGGCUUGAUGGGCAACCUCUCUGUGUUCGUCUGUGUUCCUUUUUCAAGAAACAUGAUUCAAAUUGCUGCGUGGAUUUUGAAAUUUCCUGUCAACUAUCAGUGUAAAGAACCAUGUCUGGAUCCUUAUUUCAUUUUUACACCAACCUGGUAAAAAUGCUGCUCUCCUUGGAGCCUCCCCACGAUUAAACCACACGUGAGCUCUG